AUGAAAACGGACACGCCCACGCAGGGAAAGUGUCUCACAAUUGUGGGUGCCGAGUGUCGGUACUUUGCCUCCCCCGUAGGACUACUUAAGCAAGCUCGAGGGCCUUCGAGGCAUCAGUCAUCCUGUGAACGCCAUCGAGUCACGACCUACUCUGCUGCUUGUCCUGCUCCGCUUCUUAAGCUUUUGCGCUUCACAAUGGCCGAUCACGGAAUCACCUUCGCCGCCCUCCUCCUCGCCCUGGCCGCCCUCACGCACGCAGCCGACGCCGCCCACAAAAACGACGCACGACUUCUCUUCGACGACGCCGACAAAUCCGUCACCAUGGGCGCCGAGUCCCUCUUCUUCAUCGGGGCCAUCUUCGUCGGCCUGCUCUUGGUCUCGUCUUUCCUGGGGCUCUUCGGGACAACGGCCAAGGUCGCUCAGCCCUACGACUACGCCUCCACUGCCGGUUACGGUGCCCCAACCUACGAUGACAAGACCACCUUCAUCCAGCAAUUGAUUGAAGAUGCUGUCAACAAGUUCCUGUAG